AUGUUUUUUGUAAUAAUUAAGAAUACCUUUUAUUUCUAUAUUUUGAUACACUCUAUCUUUUCUUUGCUGAGUUUAUUGAUAUGUUUAGAUAAUGAUAUAGAUCACUUUGAAAUUUAAUGUCCAAGAUUGAGUAAUAAAAUCAAAGAAUUCAUAGCAGGAAUAUUCAAGCCAUUUUUGCCAGAAGUUAUCGAAUUUUUAGUUGGAAAAAUAUUAAUGCGUGAUCUAAGGAUUGUGAAUGCUCUUAUAUUUUCAGGAAUAUUAGAAAUUGUUUUAGCUAUAUUAGGAGGAUUCUACUACAUUAUGGUUGAAACUCCAAAGCCUAUAUAAAAGAGCCUUAGAAUAAUUGCAAAAUGCUGUUUCUUUUUAGGAUUAGUAUUAUGGAUUGCCAUUUAUUGCAGCGGAAUUGGUUUAAGAAAACUAUUUGAAAUACUGCAUAUUGUUUAUUAAAACCCAUAAAAUGUAGAAAAUUAUUCAAACGAUUUAUAAGAAUUUAUAUAAAAGAGACAAGAAGAAAUUUUGGAGUAUUAUUUCUGA